ACCGGAGCUAGGGUUUCUCACCCAAAAUCUCUCCUCUUGUUGAUCGAUGGUUUCUCCUCACAAAUCGGCACGUAUUCUCUCAAUCAACAGAUUUUAAAAAGCGUCGAUUUGGCUUUGAUUUGAUUUGCUUUACCCGGAAAGGGAGGGAAAAAAAAAAAAAAAAACACCAACAAUCGAUCAGCCAUGACGGGUAAGGCGAAGCCGAAGAAGCAUACGGCAAAAGAGAUCCAGGCGAAGAUCGACGCAGCUACCACCAACAGAGGCGGCGGAAAGGCCGGGCUUGCAGACCGGUCCGGCCAAGAAAAAGGUGGUCACGCGAAGUUCGAGUGCCCACACUGUAAGAUUACAGCGCCUGAUGUUAAAACUAUGCAGAUUCAUCACGAGUCGAAGCAUCCCAAAAUCCCUUAUGAGGAAGACAAGGUUGUGAAUCUCCACGCUGUUCGUGUUGCUGCUGAGGCGUCUAAGCCCAAACCGGGUGUGAGAGGCAGCUUCAAGAAGUGAAAAAAAUCCGGAUUUCAUGAUGAUGAUUAGGAAAGUAGAUUACUGGGGAAUGAUUAAGAGUUGACCCAGCUCUGAAGGAGGAAUUUCGUAAACCCAAUCGUCUCUGUGGUCGUCAUGGCUUCACUUAUUUAUAUUUAUCUUUACAGAUUGAGUUAUGUUAGCUGUUAAAAGAGCUGAACCCUUUGGUGUAAGAUCGCUGAAGUUUUCAAUCAGAUGGCAGCCCAAGUAUCAUGUUCUUCUUUAUUUGACCAAGUCUUUGUAUAAAGUUAAUGUCUCAUCUCUUUGAGUUCUUGUUUGGGUUGGCCUUUUCUUUUCUUUGAAGAAGCUUUAUGAAUGAGAUCUUUCACAGCAAUCUAUCAAUAUCUGUGUAUUUAUAUUUACAUUUUUGUUGUUCUUUUCACUCAGGCUCCAAUCUUACCAUUUCCACAUUGCACUUUGGCUCCAAGGAGCUACUGUCCUACAAUUUUCUUGUAAAAGCAAUAAUCUUUAGUGGUUAAUUUCAAUCCCCUCGGUAUCAGACUCAACUUAUGAGCUUGGUUUUGAUUCUUGUGGAUUGGAGUCCUGUUGUUAGUGUUUGGAUUCUUUUUCAUAUGCACUUGUAUGUUCACUUGUAUGUUCUUUUAUGUUUCUCUAAACUUGGUUUUUGUAUUAAAAGAUCACAUUGAUAUCAAGCAAUGGCAUAUUCUGAUGGUAGAUCACAUUAAUAUCAGGUUAGGUUUUUAGUUGGCAACCGGUAAGGUCGAUUAUGCUGGUUUAUUGGGGAGAAAUCCUUGUAGUUGGCAUUCAAUUGGGACAUUAAGUUUGGUCACUGUCAUUAUUUGAGCAUUAUUUGUUUGAAGGACGGAUGUUUGUUGUUUGCUAGGGAUGAUUAGCGUAUUCUGACAAGCUGAACCGUUUUGAAAUCAGUUGAAACGACUUCGAUUGGUUGGUUUAUAUGUUUUUUCUGUUGCGUCGGUAGCAAAACGGUUCAGGUCGGUUGGCGAGCAAGCAAGCUCAAGAAUGGCUCAAAUGGACCAAAUCAACCAAAUAACACUUACAAGAAUGUAAGUUAUAAAGUGUUGUAGCUCAGCUUUACUUGGUCUUGUAUGGUCUUGUAGUUGCUUUGAUCAUUUCUUGCUAUAUUGUAA